CUGGAAAUAUGAUAUCCAAAAUCCUUUUCUUUCUGAUAUGCUUAGCUAUAUUCUUUGUUACACCUAUAUAUUCUCUGUCUAGGAGGUAAGUUAGGCUGGGGAAAUAUCUUUUACGUACAUUUUGUUGCAUUCGGAUUCGGAGUUGUGAUUCCCAUAAUGCAGCUACUUUUCUCUUACGACUGAACAAAUAUAGUCUCCAAGUGCAUCCAACACAAGAAGAAGCAAGAUGAAGAAUGCGAUGAUGGAAAUACAUUGGAUGGAGAUGGCUGUGACUACCAAUGUCAUUUAGAACCUGGCUAUUCUUACCCUCCUUUACACUGCACAGACAAGUGUGGUGAUGGAGUGGUUAUCUGUCGUGCAAAAGGUCUUCUUCAUUACUGAGAUGAUGGCAAUAAUCUCAGCGGUGAUGGCUGCAAUGGAGCCUGAGGAGUAGAAAAAGGCUGGGUUUGAUAUGGAGGAGGCCCUACUCGUCCUGAUCAGUGCUAUGAGCUGUGUGGAGACGGAAUCACUUUUAAUAAGACUCACGAUCCUGACUAUUGUGAUGAUGGAAAUACAAAUAAUGGUGACGGAUGAAGCAUGGAGUGCAAAAUUGAAUCAGGGUACACUUGUACUGGAGGAGGGGUUGAUCAAAGAGAUAUAUGAACAAAAGAAUGCAUCCCACAAAAUUGAGCUUUGUGAACUGAAAAUGAAAAGAUAUGCCAUAUAUGUAAAGGAGGAUACUUUGUUCAAGAUGAUGGUACUUGUCUCUCAAAUUACUAUUUUCUCGAAUACACUGGUAUCUACCAACAACUUGCUCAUGCAUCUAUUGCUCUCUCAAUAGUAGCAAUACUUACUGCCAUUGCUAUUGGAAUAUUCACCAAGAGUGCCCCAGUAGCUGUGUGGAUCGUAGUCAAUCAGUUCCAGCUGUUCUGAGUGUUGCUCCUGACAAACUCCGAGUUGCCCAAAGAUGUGGUUUUGUUCAUCAAGCAUCACCAAGUGUAUUUGUUCGGAAUGGAGUUCCUUAGGUUCUCACUCCCAUCGCAUUUUGGAGCUGGCGGAUUCGGCAAACUUCAGCCACACAGAGAACUCAGAAAUGUUGGUCUUGAGUACCAGAGUGUUGUUCCGAACAGCUUGGGAAUUGUGUUUGCACUUGUUCUGAUAUGUUUGUUACAUGUGAUGCUAUACAUCUGAAAGUCAAAGACUCCUACAAACACAGCUUUAUCGAGGAUACUCAGCAGGUAUCUUGAGGGUAUCUUGAGAUAUUGAACGUUUGGAGUGUACAUCAGACUGCUCUUGCAAGCCUCAAUGUUUAUGGCUUUAGUUGCUACCUCUGAGAUUCUGAAGUUUGAUACUCCAACUCUCUCAUUAGAACUGUCUCUUGUAAUUUCAUUCAUAAUGGUAUUUCUGAUAGCUGUUGUGUAUGCUUUCUCGUGGUACAUAUGACUAAAAUCCUCUGGUAAUGCUGACAGUGGUGAUUACUACAAAAGCGUAUUCAAUGAACUCUAUUCUGGUCUCAAGUCCAGCACCAAAUCCAGAGUGUACACUCCGAUCUUGCUCACCAGGCGACUCUUCGUAGUACUCUGGACAGUCUCAUUGCUAGGCUCUCACACAUUCAUCAUUGUAAAAGGUCUAAUAUUCGCACAGGUUAUAUACACACUAACAUUCUUGAUACUCAGGCCUUACAAAACUGCAGUCAAUAACAUCAUCGAAGCAGUCAAUGAAGUAACAUUUGGAGUCCUGGCAUUUGCAAUACUGAGGAUAAAUUCGAAAGAAGAAUGGUCUACUCCAGUGAAGUUUAUGUUUGUUGCAACAAUGUUGAUUAAUAUACUUGCCACAGUGCUGAUUUUGCUAGGUUAUCUGCUUCUCAGUUUGAAGAAUCUUUACUGUUCAAGAGCCCGUUCAGAUUCUAUAAUUCCUCCUAGUCAGCUUACUCCAAAAUUGAAGCUUCCAAACCAUAAAUUCUCAAAAAUUCCUCAUCCAGAGGCCCAUUCAGAACGCCUUCCAAAGCAGUUUGGCCCAAUAAGUGGAAUAUUUGAAGAAGAAAAGCAAUAGAUACAUUUUUAAGCUUCGUUAUCUCAAUAGCACUUCU